UAGAAGGAAUACAAACAAGUCGCCCAAAUUUUCAAAAUGUUUGCCAAAAGGCAAAGUGAUAUCAAUAGUGAGUCUGAUUCAGAUAACGAAUUCAAGGAUUACACCAUCAUGAAAAGAAAGUCUGUAAGCGGUUAUGAUAAUUCAUCGCGUUCUAAACUUGAAAUCCCAUUAUCAGUAAAAGCAGUCAUCAGUAAGAUUGAGCAAGCACAGAUCCUUCGGGCCAAAGAGGAUAUCCUUUCACGGCUGAUUGAAAUAAUGAACAAAGUGGAGCUGAUAAUGAUUCGCUAUACUAUUGACAGCUCAUCCCCUGGGAGGAAGAGCUCCCUCACAGAAAACCAGAAAAAGAAGAGAAAGAUUUUCUUAGAAAAGAUCGCUAUGUAUGCUAAGACUAUUGAUUUCCGAGAAAGGACUCUCCUGAAACUUAUGUCCUGGCUAGAAGAAUGGAAUUUCAUUCUGUCUGAGGUGGCUGAGAUUGAUAUUGAGGAAUACCACCAUUGGGUCGCACAAAUGGAAACGAUGCCGGAAGUACUGAAAGCCAUCGACAUCAAUGUCAACACUCUGUGUCGAAUUACCACAAUGCUCCUUGACGAAAGGAAGAGACACAAGAGAAAGUUAUUGGCUAGAGGUACUCUCUGGAAAGCUUGGAAGGAACGCGUUGUAAAGCGGCCUGCCACAGCCCAUGCUUUAAGACCAGAUCAGAUGAUUUGUGACCAAUUUGCGUUAAAUAAUAAGAUCUCAGAGAUACAAGACAUGCUACAAGAACUCAUCAGCACAGCCAUGUUCAGCAAACUGGAAAACAACGCCAUUAAAUAUAUAUCAGCAACGGUGCUGAACCUCUCCAAAGCCCUGAGCACAGUCAAUGAGGAACUGAAACUUAUGAACGCUCAUAUUAGCAACAUAAUUGUGAGUGAAGAACAAGAAACAGAAAGAGACUUCUCACAGAAGAUCUUUCAAGAACUCAGUGAAGAAAAUGACAUACUUCAACAGAAACUUAAAGAUGCUGAAGAAAAGUGUGACCAGCUUAUUCGAUUCAAAAAUUUUCUAGGACGACAACUCUUGUUCCCAACGCCCUUGAGACCAUUAGUUGCGAUGUCUCCACAGGCACCCAUAGACAAAGAUAUUGACCCGGGGGAGAUUGACAAUCUUUUAAGCAAAGAGCUUGAAAAGAUUAUAGAUGAGUCCCAGACGAAGGGGGUCAGAGCUACUGCAGUAAAGUGGGACUCGACUAUGACUUUUGUAGCCCAAGGUGAAAGGGCUCCAGACACAGCUAAGCAGCAAGCUGAGGAUAAGGCUGAUCAUGGCCAGAAGCAGCAGCUCCUCCCAAGUCUACAGCUAUCUGAGGACUGGGACACAGAUCUGGAUAAGGAGGAGGAAAAGAGUUUCCUGGAGAUCAAGUCUAGUCAAUACUCUGAUCUACAAGCACUGGACAUGAAGAGAAAAGAAGGCAAACCAAAGGGCCAAGAGGUCAAGAGUACAGCAAGUAGUAUGUGGGAACGACUCAAGAAGGGCAGAUCAGAGUACUCACUUGGAAAAAGCCCAGUUUCAUCAGAGGUUAAAAUAGAUCCCACUGUUAUGCUAAUAGAAAAGGCAGAAGAAGCACCCAAGAUAAUCCAGCCUGAGAGUACUCCAGAGCCACACAAAGAAGCAAAAGGGAAAAAACCCGUACCUGGAAGAACAGAAGAAAUGCCAGGCACCACAAAACAACGCAGUAAAUUACUGCCCAGGACCCCUAAACAUACUUCAGUAAGUCCUGAUACCAAACGUGAACAAAGUAAUCUGGAAUCAUUUCAAAGAGCCAUAUUGGCUUUCCUAAGAGAGAAAAUUAAUAAUGUAGGAAAGGCUAUUGAUCCGAAGAGUAUACAGGAGGAGGAGUUGUUAGGGAAAGCAGAAAUUGAAAAAUUAAACACCAUAAAGGCAAAAAUGGAGGAAUAUUUCCAAAAAGUGGCUGAAACUGUGACUAAAACCUUGAGGACAUACAAAGAUGCAAAAGGGGGACAAUUUAAAGACAUAUUUGGCAAACAAAAGUUACCCUCUGUCACACCACAGCUGUUUCCUAAGCAGGCAUCAGUCAGUAGUACCAAGUCUGAAAUUAGCAACUUUCUCUUAAGUGAGAUGACAGACCCAGUGAUUAGGAAACUAGUACAAACACUCUUAGAUGAACUAGAGAGUGAUGGAGACAGGAUGACAGGUGAAAGGCAAGAGCAACAAAAGCAGGAAGAAGAUGCUUGGAGGGAAGAGCAAAGACAAAAGCUGGAGGAGUGGAAACAGGCUCAGGUCGUUCGGGUGAGAGAGGAGACUGAUAAGGACAGGGUGAAGGCAGUGAAAGAUGCAGAAGAUGGUCAGAGGCUGAAAGGGAGCAAACUAAAACAAAAGACGGAAUCAAAGCCUAAAGACCUAAUGAAAACAAUCACCCAUACUGCAAUGGCGCUAACACCCAGGUGGAUGAAAGACCUGAAACCUCAGAUUAGUCAAGUACAGUUAUUCCAAGUGGAUCUUGAUGCAAUGGAGAGCUUCGAUGGAAAGCAAGCCCCUUCUUCCAGGACUCGCCUUGUUUCUGCAAAGCCCCUCCUAAUGCCUGUCCCUCAGCAGGCCCAGAUAAGAGGUCCUGAGGCAUCUCAGAUAUCAAUGGCAUCCUUAAUCCCUGAGCAGAUAGAUGCUUUGCGUGGUCCCCUUGUUUAUGAACACGGGACAGAAGUGCAGAUCCCUCCUCCCACAGCAGAGCAGGGGCAAGAAUUAGGGACUCAGCUCAGAGUUUCUAGGAUCCUUGAGCAGACACUGACAUCAGAAAAACCAGAGGCAAUGCAAGUCCCCCAAACAACUGCUGAACAAGUACAGAUAUCUGGGGCCACUGUUAUCCAAAAAACAGUUCCAACUCUCCAACCGAUUCAAGUAAAAGACAUUACUCUCACCUCUCAACUGGCCCUGGAUCAAGGGAUCACCCCCACUCCUAAGCCAGUCAAGGAACCAAGGAUCACACUAAAUCCUCAGCAGGCCCAGGCCCUAGGCAUCACUCUUACCCCUGAACAGGCCAAGGCCCAGAGGAUCAGUCUGACCCUUCAACAGGCUCAGGCCCUAGGGCUCACUCUUACUCCUGAGCAGACCAAGGAACAAAGGAUCAGUCUGACCCCUCAACAGGCUCAGGCCCUAGGGCUCACUCUUACUCCUGAGCAGACCAAGGAACAAAGGAUCAGUCUGACCCCUCAACAGGCCCAGGCCCUAGGGCUCACUCUUACUCCUGAGCAGACCAAGGAACAAAGGAUCAGUCUGACCCCUCAACAGGCCCAGGCCCUAGGGCUCACUCUCACCCCUCAGCAGGCCCAGGCCCUGGGACUCACUCUCACUCCUGAGCAGACCAAGGCUCAGAGGGUCAGUUUGACCCCUCAACAGGCCCAGGUCUUGGGGAUGUCUCUCACCCCUCAGCAGGCCCAAGCAAAGGGGAUUAUUCUCACCCUUGAGCAGGCCCAGGCCCUGGGGCUCACACCCACCCCUCAGCAGGCUGAGGCCCUGGGGAUCGCUCUCACUCCUGAGCAGGCCCAGGCCCUGGGGCUAACAGUCACCCCUCAGCUGCCCCAAACACAGCAGAUCACCAUCACCCUGGAGGAAGCCCAGGCUCUGGGGAUUGAUCUUACCCCUCAGCAGCUCAAGGUUCAGGGCAUCAGUCUGACUCCUCAGCAAGGCCAGGCUCUGGGGAUGAUUCUCACUCCAGAGCAGGCCCAAGCAAAGGGGAUUACUCUCACCCUUGAGCAGGCCCAGGCCCUGGGGCUCACACCCACCCCUCAGCAGGUCAAGACUCAAAGGGUCAUUCUGACCCCUGAGCAGGCCCAGGACCUGGGGAUCGCUCUCACUCCUGAGCAGGCCCAGGCCCUGGGGAUUGAUCUCACCCCUCAGCAGGUCAAGACUCAAAGGGUCAUUCUGACCCCUGAGCAGGCUGAGGCCCUGGGGAUUGAUCUCACCCCUCAGCAGAUCAAGACUCAAAGGGUCAUUCUGACCCCUGAGCAGGCUGAGGCCCUGAGGAUUGAUCUCACUCCUGAGCAGGCCCAGGCCCUGGGGCUAACAGUCACCCCUCAGCUGGCCCAAACACAGCAGAUCACCAUCACCCUGGAAGAAGCCCAGGCUCUGGGGAUUGAUCUUACCCCUCAGCAGCUCAAGGUUCAGGGCAUCAGUCUGACUCCUCAGCAAAGCCAGGUUCUGGGGAUGAUUCUCACUCCAGAGCAGGCCCAAGCAAAGGGGAUUAUUCUCACCCUUGAGCAGACCCAGGCCCUGGGGCUCACACCCACCCCUCAUCAGGUCAAGACUCAAAGGGUCAUUCUGACCCCUGAGCAGGCCCAGGACCUAGGGAUCGCUCUCACUCCUGAGCAGGCCCAGACCCUGGGGAUUGAUCUCACUCCCAAACAAGUUCAAUUACAGGAGAUCAGCCUCAGUUCUGAGGAGGCCCAGGCCCUAGGACUCAUACUCACCCCUCAGCAGGCCCAGAUAAAGAAGAUCUUUCUCACCCCUCAGCAGGCCCAAGCACUGGGCAUCACUCUUACACCUGAGCAGACCAAAACCAUGAAGAUCAGUCUGACCCCCUAUCAGGCCCAGGUCCUAGGGAUCACCCUCACUUUUGAGCAGGCCAAAGCACAGAGGAUCAGUCUGACCCCUCAGCAGGCCCAAGCCCUAGGGAUCAUUCUAUCCCCUGAGCAGGCCCAGGCACAGAAGAUCAGUGUGACCCCUCAGCAGGCCCAGGCCCUAGGCAUCAUUCUCACCCCUGUGCAGGCCGAGGCCCAGAGGAUCAGUCUGACUCUGGAACAGGCUCAGGCCCUGGGGCUCACCCUCACCCCUGAACAGACCCAGGCCCUGGGGAUCAUUCCCACUCCUUCACGGAUGAGCCUAGGAACAAGCAUUCGUCCCGACUUUGAGAAGCUUGAAGAAGCACGAAUCUCUCCUACCUACAAACAGAUUCCAGCCCACAGAGGUCAAGUCACUUCCACACAGCUUCCAACACCAGAAGGUCCUCCUACCCCAAGGCAGCUCCCAACACCUGGGGCUCCUUCCACUCCAGGGCUACCCCCUGGUCCUUGGAAUUUCUUCAAACCUGGGGACACUUGGCCACCUCUAAUACCAGAAGCCCUCGUUGCCCACAGAAAGACCACCCCACUGCCUAUAUCUGGAGUCCCACCCACCUCUGGAGAGUUUCCAGGACUCUUUGUUUCUGGAGUCUCUGGUGUCCCCAGGGAGCUCCUAAUGUCCAGAAUCUUCCCCUCCCAGCCUCCAGUCAUCCAAGAGCAAGCACCUUACAGGCAGACCUACUCUACCCCUGAACAGCAAAGGCCAUCACUGACCAUUCCUGAGCAAGAAUUCCCUCUAAGAACAACUCCAGUCCUAGUUCCUCGACCCACAACAGAGGCCCUCCCAGUCCCUGGGAGACCUCAAAGAAUCUCUCCCCCUUCGGUCUCUCAGAAAAGGUCAGAAGCUGUUUCCCCUCCAAAACCUGAAACUGCUGCUCUGGGCUUUGAGGUCACACCGGCUCCUUUCCGUGUAGAGCAGCUCAGAGUGUCAAAGGUUUCUGACACUUCAGAAAAAACCCCGGUACCCCAAGGUUCUUCUGGACUGAAGUCCCCUCCGUCACUACUGUCUCUUACCACUCAGCUCUCCCAAACAUCACAGACCUUACCUUCUGAAUGGAGCCAAAAACCACAGCUCCCCCCUAUAGACAAGCGCUGGAUACUAACCCCAGUUUCUGGCACAAGGAAAGCCAAGAUCAGGGAGUCCCCUCUCACUGCCCAGCACCCUGAAGAUAGAUAUGUUGUCGAUGUGGAGGCUCAAAGGAAAAACCUGGUUAUAUUAAAUCAGGCACAAACUUCUGGACUCCCUUCACAGUACCACACCAUUGCCAGGAAUCUCAUAAUUGAAUUGCUCCAUUUGAAUACAGUUCGCCUGGGGUAUCUGUUCCGCAAGUAUGUUGCCUAUAGGCUGAUCCAGCUUGCCAGAAUCAACAUAACCAAACGAUUAAAAAACAUCAGAAAUACUGGGAAAGGGUAUGAGACUCAGAACCUCUACAUCAUGCUGGACAGAAUUGAUAACUACCAGAAGAAGGUGAUGUGGUUCUGGAGCGAAAAGCAGAAGCAGCUAGAGCAGAGGCGGAAACAGUGCCUAUUGUACAUGACACAGUUCUUCAGCCAGCUUGAAAAAGUGUUUAAACUAAAUCUUAGCCACCCUGUGCCGGUGGUCUCCAGCUUUAAGAAGAUGCCUGAUUUUACCAAAUUUCAAAAGCCAGUCUUGGACUUAUUAACUGAAGACAACAAAAAAACUGACAUUUUCAGAACAUUAGGACAGCAAGCUCAGAUGGAGGCUAUCUGGAAUGCUGACCUGUCCACUUCAAGCUACCCAAUAACAGAGAAGACAUCCUUGAACACACUCUGGGCCCAGCUGGGUGGGUACCCGGAUAUUCCCAAGCUGCUGCAGUUAGACAUUCAGUGGACCUUCAGAAAAUCUCUUGCUUCCAUUCAGUCACAAACAGUUUAUGACCACAGUGUUCCAACCCGCUAUAAUGGCCUGAGCAUGGGAGCUGCAGACCAGUGCUCCAUGGCUGGCCAGGCUCCCCAGUCUUCACUCAGGAACUUUGAGAUAAGCACAGAAGUGGACUUCAGCAUCUAA